AUGGUGAACUUCAAGCCGCUGAUUGCUGCUGUCUGUGCGAGCACGUCGACGAUCGUUGCCGUGUCUGCCAAAGAUGCUCCCAUCAACUGGAACAACGUCACGGGUACUGCGAGCGAGACCUUCCCCACGGACGUGGGUGCGCUGGGCGACACGGUCCCUGGCGGUGCGCCCUUUGUCGCGCAGCGGGACAAGCUGAACACGACGCGUCCAUUUGGCCCGUACGGCAUUGAGAUGCGCUGGCUGCCCAAGGAUGUCGGCCACGAGAACACGACUUCCAACGACAUCUUUAGCAACCUCGGCCCCUACACGCCGUGGCGUCCUAGCACCCUCUUCCCUCAGACGGCUGCCUACGAAGUGCUUCCCGACCAGUGCACGGUGAAGCAGGUGCACAUUCUGCACCGCCACGGUGCUCGCUACCCCACGGAUGGUAUGGACGAUGGUCCGGGUCUUUUGGCUGCCAAGAUCCAGAACACGACGCGCAACAACACGUUCGAGGCAUCGGGUGAGCUUGCCUUCCUGCACGACUGGAAGUACGAACUGGGUGUCGCUGAUCUUGUGCACCAAGGUGCACAGGAGCUCUUUGACUCGGGUGUCAAGGCCUAUUACCAGUACGGCAAGCUUCUGGAGAAUGCCACCGAGAAGCCCGUCAUCCGUGCCUCGUCGAGCAGCCGUGUGGUAGACUCGGCGCGCUAUUGGGCCCUCGGCUUCUUUGGUUGGGAUGCGACGAGCAAGGUGAAUUUGGAAGUGCUCACCGAGGCCGACAAGCAGAACAACACGCUUGAGCCCAAGCACAGCUGCCCUAACGGUGAUGAAAUCAAGUUUGGCGACAAGAUGCGCAAGCAAUGGCAAAAUGUGUACUUGCAGAAGCCGCUUGAUCGCAUUCAACAGCACAUCAAAGGCAUCAACCUGACGAUUGACGACAUGGAGAACUUUAUUUCAAUGUGCCCCUACGAGACGUCGGGCAUGGGCUACUCGCAGUUCUGCAACCUGUUCACCAAGGAGGAAUGGGAGAGCUACGAGUACGAGGCCGACCUCAAGUUCCAAGCCAACAAUGGCUUCAUGAGCCCGACUGGCAAGGCCAUGGGUAUUGGCUACGUGAACGAGUUCCUGGAGCGCGUCACCCACGGCAACUACUCGCAGCCGCAGACGACGCAGAACAACACGCUGGACAAGAACCCGACCUACUUCCCGGUGAACCAGACGCUCUACGCAGACUUCUCGCACGACUCGGUGAUGGUCAGUAUUCUGACCGCCUUCAACUUUACGCAGUUCAGCACGCCGCUCGGUUCGGGCAGCAUCGUGACCAAGCGCGGCUUCCGUGCGAGUGACGUAGUGCCGUUUGGCGCUCGCGUCGUCUUUGAAGUGCUUGAGUGCACGGAGAACAAGCAGCCUACGAACUACAUCCGCGUCAAGAUUAAUGAGGCUGUCCUCCCGCUCGACGAGGGCCAGGGCUGCGCCAAGCGCCCCGAUGGUCUGUGCAAGCUGGACGACUUUGUCGGAUUCCUCAAGGCGCACGCGAACGACGCGGCCAAGUUCGAACUCGCAUGCUACGGCAAGAAUGGCACUGACUUUACGGUCACCGGCCCCGUCUCGACGGGCACGCUCGAGGACAGUCAGAUGCACAAGUAA